CGUACCACAUGGCUCGGCUGCAUGGGGUUUGUCAGAUGUGUUGUGCAGCACUACCCAGCAGCUACUUUAGCCAUAACGCAGACAUUUUAGCCGCCGUUUGGUCGGAUUAACACCAGAGGAGAAAUGUCGCAGUUACAGGCGAGGUUUUUCACAGAAAACAAAAGGUACGCCGUGGAUGAUGUCCCCUUCUCCAUCCCAGCUGCCUCUGAGGUGCAGGACCUCAGCCAUGUCAUCAACACGCUGCUGCAGGCCAAGAAUGAGUCUCACAAACAGGUGGAGUUUGACUUCCUGGUCAGGGGCCAGUUCUUGCGGACAUCGCUGUCCAGUCACAUGGAGACGGAGGGGAUAUCAACGGAAGAAGUGGUGGAGAUCGAGUAUGUGGAGCGAAUCGCAGCCCCCGAGCCUGAGGAGUGUAUGAUGCACGAUGACUGGAUUAGCUCAGUGGACGCAGAUACUGAAUGGAUCCUGACAGGGUCAUAUGACAAGACAGCCAGGAUCUGGUCGACAGAGGGCAAGGCAGUGAUGACGGUGGCGGGACACAAAGAUGUGGUCAAAGAUGUAGCAUGGGUGAAGAGAGACGGCCUGACCUCUCUGCUUCUGACGGCCUCUCUGGACCAGACCGUCCUGCUCUGGGAGUGGAACUCUGAGAGGAACAAGGUGAAGGCCCGGCACUGCUGUCGGGGGCACACGGGGAGCGUCGACACCAUCGCCACAGACCCCACCGGCUCCAAGUUCUGCAGUGGCUCCUGGGACAAAAUGCUGAAGAUCUGGUCUGCAGUGCCCACAGAGGAGGCGGACGAGGUCGAGGAGCCUCCAGACAGACCCAGGAAGAAACAGAAGACUGAACAGCUGGGCCUAACUCGGACUCCCCUGAUGACGCUAUCGGGACACAGCGAGGCCGUGUCCUCUGUACUGUGGUGUGACAGCGAGGAAGUGUGCAGUGCAUCGUGGGACCACACUAUCCGCAUAUGGGACACUGAGAGUGGAACAAUGAAGACCACACUGACCGGCAGCAAAGUGUUCAACUGCAUCUCCUACUCGCCUCUGUGUCGACGGCUGGCCUCGGGCAGCACAGACAGACACAUCAGACUGUGGGACCCUCGCACUAAAGACGGCUCGUUGGUGCUGCUGUCGCUGACCUCCCACACAGGCUGGGUCACCGCCGUCAAGUGGGCGCCUUCCCAUGAGCACCAGCUGGUCUCCGGUUCCCUUGACAACCUGGUCAAACUGUGGGACACCAGAAGCUGCAAGGCUCCUCUGUAUGACCUCGCUGCGCACGAGGACAAAGUCUUCUGCGUGGACUGGACAGAAAGCGGGCUGAUGUUGAGCGGGGGUGCAGAUAAUAAGCUGUACACCUACAGAUACUCUGCCUGCCAGACCGACGCCGGCGCGUAGCCCCGAGCAGAGGACCGCUGCAUCAUCCAUCACCACAGACAGACAGAAUGCACAGACGUACGGACAUUAAUAAUACAGCUGUUCUGACAGACUGAAUAAAGCGGCAGUGGCGAUCAUAUUUUAGAAAACUGGCUAGCUUUGUUCCUCACUGUUCCGGUUAUUUUUACUCUCCUGCGUUUUCUUACAGUUUGUCUUUGUAUUCCUGUGAAAUGCUUAACCUGAGAUGACUAUAAAUUAAUUUUGUCUUCUAA